AUGAAGGUUGCACGAUCUGAUAAACGCUACGUUUUCAUCGACAUGAGCUCGAACUCGGAUGUCACUUGCCCGGAAAGCAUUGUGGAUCUACUUCAAUCGUUCCACGAUGAUUUGAUUCGCAUAACAUUUGACCGGCUUGAUGUUGAAGAGGCAUUCAACUUGGUUAGAUCAGCAACUUGUGGAGCGACCUCAGUCUUUCUAGGGACAACAAGAGACAACUUCAAUGGGAAAGAAGUCAGUAGACUGGACUAUGAAAGCUACGACGAAAUGGCAUACAAGGAAAUGAGGCAGCUUUGCGCAGAAGUUCGUCGAAAGUUCCCAACCAUUGAAAGGAUUGUAUUUUGGCAUCGUGUCGGUGAGGUCCCGGUAGAAGAAACGUCUGUGAUUGUUGCCGCGGCUAGCCCACAUCGAGAAGAGGCCAUACAAGCUGUCGAAAUGGGAAUCAACAAAAUCAAGAGGCGCGUGACCAUUUGGAAAAAGGAAGUCUACACAGAUGGUGGAUGCGUUUGGAAAGAAAAUGGUGAAUGGCGCACGAUGAAGGAGCCUCAAGAACCAUCAGCCACAGAAGAACACUCCUUUGCUGUGGCCAGUCGGACUCGUAAUCAUUGUCCAAAGCUAUUAUGGUUGCAACAAUUGACAACACCUGUUAACAAGAUGGAAAGUCAACUACCGAACAGAAAAGAGACUUUACCC